AUGUCUACACCAGCACCCGACCACAAGAAGAGGCCCCCGCCCAUUGCUAUUCCACAGUGGCCUCCAUCUCGGACGGUACCUGGACCUAACGCCCUCGCCAAUGCACCGUCCCAUACGAAAGGCAGCGGCCAACACCCGCAGCGUUUUGCUUCCUCAUCGACACAGCAAGCCGUGCGCUCGGGCACAACUACGCCGCUGACGUCCCCAUUGGAGUUGGAUGAGUCGCGUCUCGCAAUCUCCAAGUCUGGCUCUCAAGCAAGCAAGCACCGCUCCUCGGCGAUAACCACACUUUCCGGUCUUAUGGAACAAGCACGUAGUUCACCUCGCAAAUCAGACUGUGGCUCGGUACCUAGUCGACAUGGCUCGACUGCGCGCUCAAGGCAGUCUGAGCGUAGUCAUCGCAGUGCUACCGCAGCUCAAGCCCAGCUGGAGGCACUGGACGAAGAUGAGACGACUACGAGAUCUCAAAUCGAGUCCCGCACAGAGAAGAAGCUGUUCAAGAUGACUGGAGCCAUCGAUCCAGACAAGGUCUUCGUCCGAACAGAAGAUCUACGCGCUCAGUGCAGAGCUGCAAGCGGCGAAAAGCAGCCCGAGGGUGACGAGCCAACCAAAAGCCCCAAGAAAAAGCUCUUUGGUGUCAGCCUUCCUAUGUUCAGCAGAACGUCAGCGGCGGGUGCAGCACCAGCGAUGCCAUCGAAGGCAGCCCAGGUCCUCGGAACGACCCCUGCACGCAAGCCACGCCGAAUUGAACCACGCCCGAUCAGGUCUGCUCGUGUUUUGAAGACGCCUACGAAGGUCCCACGAUCAGAUACAGCAAAUUCUCUGCCUGCAAAGGUAUACGGUCAAACCAAUCCGGCCACGAGUCACUACAGUACUUCUACCCGCCGCAACCGUACACCUGGACGCAGGUCGCCGGGAAAGGAGAACACGUCACCUCAAGAGCAGGCGACAGCGAACUCAUCAUUUGACUCUAUGCCUCCUCCUACUCCGCCUGCAAAAGACACCCCUCCCGAGUUACGCCUUCCUGUGAACCCGCCAAGCCCACUGCGUCGAGCUCCUUCUCAUGAAGACCUACGUGAAAGCUAUGGUGACUUGCCAGAUAGAGGCAUGCAAGUACAGUUGCAGUUUCCAAUGUUUGCGCUCAGCCCCUCGCCCCCGAAGACUGCCAUUCACAGCAACAGUGGCGUGAGCCCAACUAAGUUCCGCCCAUACACUGCCGAAGACUAUACCAAGCUCAUUGAAGGUGAAGCCCUUCAAUGGCCAUAUCCCGAAGAAGACGGAGUCGGCGAGGUGAAGGGGAGUAAUCACAGUGCUCCACUGGUUACUGAAGGUCAAGAGCUAUUGCAACUUCCCCUUUCAAGUCGCAGCGAUGACAACCACUACAACGAUCGGCUUGGUCGUCGAUUGAGUCCCCUGCCACCGCGUUUCUACUCACCUUCUGAUCGCUCGGUUCAGCUUUUCAGAGACGGCGAAAGCCCGUCGCAUAAUACUGACACCAGCCGCAUGCUCUUUGCGCCACCCAAACCCAACCUACUACAUCUCCGUGAAGACUCCAACAACGGUUCAAUCGAGAUGGUAUACCAGGGCAGCAUGAACGCCAUCGAGUCGGACUCUCCGAAGGCACAGACAACAAACGAUCACGCUCAGACGCGAGCCAACGAACCGCCACAGCAACGCGAUGACGCCGAACUUGCAACUAGGGUCAAGCAGGAACUUCGCACCAGCGAGCAACACCAGCUCCCUCCAGUGACGAACGGCGGCCCAGGUCACCCACAGCCGGACAUCUCUUCAUCGAAGCUCACCGACAUGCUCAAUGGCGCAACCCCACGCACUGAUUCCAAUGGCGACUUUCGCAUCUUGUGUCCGAGUGCCGUUCCCAGUCCUCUACACAAGCUACAUGGACCUCACGUUCCAAUAGUCCCGAUGCUGCGCGGCGGCAAUGGUGCUCCUGCUGCAGGCCCCUGGGUUUCUCCGCGCACACACAAGACCAUCGAGGACCACUUCUUCAUGACCAAUGAGCAUCUGGACGUGGUCGGUAAAACCACGUAUGAUGCCCUCGAUAUGUACAGUAAGCAACAGAUCAACGCAACGAACGCGAAACACGAACAGCUCGUGGUCAUUAUGGAGAACCAUAUUGAGGGCCUAAAGUCUCAAAUCAGCUCCGUCAAUGAGAAAGCCGAUGACACCUCCAAUCAGAUACACAAUGUCGGUCUCAAGCUCGACCAGCUCGAAAAGUUCCUCAAAGACGAGGUCGUUACUGCGAUGACAGAGCAGGCGAAGAAGACAACCGAGAUGGAGUCGAGCCUCAGAGAGAUCCAGAAGGCAAUGGUGCAUAUGCAGCAGACAGUGGAGAAGCUCUCUGAGCCCAAGUCCGGUCCGCACCACUCAGCUACGAAUGCCUUGCCCACUCCUGGUGCAUCUUCUCAUUUGCCGCACGCUGUCCCCACUCACCACUCCCAGCCUGCUCUCACCAGCUACUAUGGAAAUGAGACAGGUCGAGAUGAGCAGCCGCCGAUGCCACCUCUGCAGGAUCGCAGUAUCUCCAACAACUACGAGUCACACAGCGAUCCACGUGGUAACUACGGCACCAACUGGCAGUCUCAAGCAUGGAACGGUCGUUCCACCUAUCAGGGUCGUAACAAGGGGGAGACAUCUUCGUACGCCGGCACCAACCCCUAUCAUUUUGGCAACGGCGGGCAGUACAACAGCGGGUACAUGAGCGGCUACUCUUCAUACAACUUCUCCCCAACCAGCCCUGAGCAGCCAUACGCCUAUGGUCAGAAGCCAGCUCAAUGA